AAUCGUUGAUCGGAACGGAUCGGACAAGUUAUGACGUUUUCUAGCGGCGUGAUAAAGUAACCCAUCACAACACCGAAGAUGGUGGUCUCUCUUUAUCGGAACUUUUUAGUGCGUUAGAUUUCUUUAGCUAUCGGACCGAGAAACCGGACCAGGAAAGAACAGCACUUGCGUGACGCAUUGAGGCUAACACUUCCUGUUAGCUACCGAACGUUACCUAACUUGCUGUCAUUUUACCUUUUUUUUUUGCCGUGGGGGGGUUUGUACAGUACUUUGGAUUUUUAAAGGCGGAUCACUUUUUACUUGGAUAUGGAUGACUUUUCUCUUGCCGAUGCCAUAUUGGACGAUGUCCCUGGCAAAGCUCCCAAAGCUCAAACCAAUCCUGCUGCACCUGCCAACCCUGCUCCUCCGGCCACUAACCCCGGCUGGCCUGGUGCGGCCCCAGGAGCUCCUGGCUUUCCCCCUUCCUCCAGUCCCGCCCAGCCGUCUGGCCCAGGGGCACCUGGUCAGUACCCCGGCGGUCCCGCUGGUCCUGGACAGUUCCAAUCAGGCCCUGGAGCCCCAGGGCAGUAUCCCAGUGCACCCUCUGCACCUGGUGGGUUUCCUUCUGCCCCAGGAGUCCCUGGGCCAUACCCCUCUGGGCAGGGAGCCCCAGGACAGUUUCCAGGAGGCCCCGGAGCCCCAGGACAGUUUCCAGGAGGCCCCGGAGCCCCAGGACAGUUUCCAGGAGGCCCGGGAGCCCCUGGACAGUUUCCAGGAGGACCCGGAGCUCCAGGACAAUUUCCGGGAGGACCCGGAGGCCCUAGCCAGUAUCCCUCAGCACCAGGACCGUACCCUCCUGGAGGAGGCGCUCCCCAACCCUUCCCGUCCGGGGUCCCAGGGCAGUUUCCCUCUGGUCCCAACGCUCCCCCAGGGCAGUACCCUAACAUGCCGUAUGCUGGAGGACAGCCUGCCCAAGGCCCCUACGGACCAGGAGCUCCCGGUGCCUAUCCCCCUCCGUCGAACUCCGGCAACUUUCCAGGGUUCGCCGGUGGAGGCUUCCCCCCGCUCCCUGCUGGUGGCUGGGGGCCACCUGGUGGCGGUGCCUUCCCAGGUCAGCCCAGCCAUCCGGGCUCCUAUGGCAUGAACCCCAUGGGACCGUACCCCAACCCACCAUACGGCGCUCCUGGAGGAUCGCUGCCUGUGCCAUAUGAUCUGCCCUUGCACUCUGGAUUAAUGCCCAGGCUGCUGAUCACCAUCGUGGGAGAACCCGCUCCAGGUGCAGACAGGUUUCAAGUUGAUUUAAUCAGGGGCCCGGAUGUUGUUUUUCACUUGAACCCUCGCUUUAACGAGCAGACCAUCACCCGAAACUCCUGCCUGGGUGGAUACUGGGGCCCUGAAGAACGGGACGGGGGGUUCCCCUUUGUUCCUGGGAACCGUUUUGAGCUCAAGAUCCUGGUGCAUGAAGACGUGUUUAAAGUUGCACUGAAUGACGUCCACCUCCUGGAGUACGAGCAUCGGGUCGGAGGGCUGGAGGACGUGAACCUGCUCCGCAUCACGGGCGACAUCGUGCUCUACAGUGUGGCCCCCACCAUGAUCAGCCCGUAGCCAGAGAGGCCUAAACCCUGCCCCUGCCUCCGGGUGGUACUGUCACCCACCAACAGAGCCCUCAACACACACACACACACAUACACAUACACACACACACACACACACACACACACACACACACACACACAUACACACACACACACACACACACACACACACAUACACACACACACAUACACAUACACACACACACACACACAUACACACACUAAUGCUGCGUAGCUUCUUCCACUGCAGAGUUUUUUGGGGGUUUCCAUCUUUAGAUUGUGUGUCGUAUGACCUUGAAAUGCUGCAUGUAUCAUAUGACAAUCAUAGGCUGGGAAGGGCAUAGGAAAACCAUUCAUUAUGCUAAUAUCUGACUGCAUGAAAAUAGCAGUGGCGAUAUAUUAAGUUGUCCACUGUAUUAGAUUUUAUUUUUUAUUUUUCCGUAUGCUGUGUGCCAUUUUCACUUAGUAAAUAGGACAUUUUUGCUGUCAGGCCCGUCUUAUUAAAUCACAGAUGUGUAGCGUAGCAAAACGCAUAAUGGAGUCUCAUUUCAGUAUUCCAAAUGGGAUACAGCUGGAAAACCCCAGAAUCCUACUUUAUUUUUUACUGCUCAAUGACCAUGACUUGACGGCACCAGGCACCAGGCACCAGGGACUUGGGGCCAGAAGGGCUUCUCUCUACUUGCAGAAUGUAAUGCUGUCAUGGAGUCCUGUUGUCAUCAUCUGUGGGAGUGCUUGCCCUUUGACCUGGAAAUGAAAUGCUGUAACCCCCUCCCCCUUAUUAUCCACCUUCAACUGCAAACACCGCUUUGCGUGUUGAUGAUUUGUCACGAAGUCAGAAGCCAAGAUAAAGCAGGGGGUUGUCCAUGAAUUAAUUCGAACUGGAGCUUUUGUGCUUUUAUUUGGCAUGAACUGGCUUUAAUACAAAUAUGGAAAGAGCAAAGUAAUUAUGGUUCAUCAAAUGGAGCCAGUGUUAUGAACUUCUUAAAUAAAUUAACAAAGGUACUGAAGAGUGUGUGUAGUUAUGUAAUUUUAAAUAAUAAUAAUAAUAAUAAUAAUAAUAAUAAUAAAUAACUUCACAUAUAAUAAUA